UUUUGAACGUUUUGUUUAAUUGUCAAUUCUCAUAAUUUGAAUUUGAAAAUUAAUUUAAAAUUUUGGUGGCAGAGUCGUAAACUUGUUACGAAACCUUAUAUGUAUGUGCAUUUGUUUACAUUUUUCCUGUUGAAAUUUUCCGGUUGGCUUUUUAUUUUCUUAAUAUAAAACUAAAAUGUAUAUUUAUAAAGCCUGAUUCAGGUUUUUAUAAAAUAAUGUCAGUUUGCAUAAAAAAUCAAAGUAAACAAUCUUUCUUUAAGUACUAUGGACUUUCUCAUUGGUGGGCUUGCUGGUGUUGGUGCUGGUUUCUUUAGCAACCCUUUUGAUGUGGUAAAAACUCGCAUGCAGUUACAAGGAGAACUACAAGCAAAAGGUCAACAUGCUGUUUAUUAUAAAAAUAUACCGCAUGCCAUUUACACCAUUGUAAAACAUGAUGGCAUAAGUGCUCUACAGAAAGGCCUCGCUCCAGCACUUUGGUUUCAAUUAGUAGUAAAUGGGGUAAGAUUGGGAAUAUACCAACAAGCUGACAACUAUGGGCUUCUAAGAGAUGAGAAGAAUAACACUAAAUUUGUUAAUAGUGUAUUUUUUGGUUCUGUUUCUGGCAUGUGUGGUGGUUUCAUGGGCAGUCCUUUACAACUCGUUAAGACCCAACUAAUGUCACACUCGGCUAAGCAAAUAGCUGUAGGCACACAACAUGCCCAUCCAGGAAUGUUGAAUGCCUUAUCAAAGACAUAUAGGAAAAAUGGUCUUGUGGGACUAUGGAGAGGUGCCCAUGGCAUGAUGUUAAGAAACUCUACUGGUUCUGCUUCACAAAUUGUUUCAUAUGCAAUGUGUAAAGAAUGGAUGGACAACAAUAACAUGUUCCAGCAAUCAAAAUAUCUGCCUGCUUUUUUAGCAAGUAACAUUGGUGCUAUUGUUAAGACCAUCACACUAACACCAAUGGAUGUCAUUAUGACGCGACUCUAUAACCAAGGGGUUGAUGCACAAGGUCGUGGUCUGCUUUACUCGGGACUGGCAGAUUGUGCAAUGAAAAUUACUAAAACGGAAGGUGUUUUAGCUUUUUAUAAGGGAAUCGGACCCUCUUAUUUCCGUCAAGCGCCUCAUUCGGUACUUUUACUUGUAUUUUGGGAUAUGUUAAAAGAUUUACAAAAAAGUUAUCAACCGCUUUCAGUAUAAAUCAAUUCUAUUGAAUAUUCUCCUUAAUUGCAAAUGUAGUACCCAUAGUAUUAUAUAAUAAAUAGGAUAGUAAAUGCUGUGAUUCUAUAGAUACAUAAAAUCAAUAUAUAGGUUAUUAUUACAUUACUUUAAGUAGGUAUCAGAAGUUCUUAAAUGUAAGGAUAUAAAUGAUAAUUGUCUAAACAAAAAAACUAAACAAAAUGAUUAAAAGGCCAUUUAUAAGUGCUAUGAAUUGAACCAUACAUCUUUUGAAAAAGAGUCCAAUUUACGCCAGAUUUACAUUAAAAAUGCAAAUUUUAAUUUGUAUUAGGUCUGCCUAUAAUGACAGAUGUUAAA